AAGUUGGCUAGCGUAGAGCGGCUAACUGUAAGCUAAUAUUCGAAAACUAAGUAGAAAUUGCUGUUUGGUUUAAUUGCUUUCAUAUGGUUGUGUUUACUGUUAGACAAUGUUUUAACAUGUGAUCAGUAACAAAGUUACAUGGUCUUGCUUCAAGUCACUUGCCUUAUUCGUAUAGUUUUAGUACAUAACCAUUGGCCUAUGGUGGCUAAUUUUAGCUAAUGUAAGUUAACUUACAGAGAUAUUUCUGUAUAAAUCAGCCCCUUUGCUGUUUUUAUUACUCUACCGUUGACUUCCGUUAGUCAGUCUAAACGUUUGAUCUUUCGUGAUCACAAACUCUUGUAACCCCUUUAGUUAAAAUAUUAAAAGCCGAGUUACAUAAUAAUGUGUCAUGCAGCGAAAUGUUCCGAAAUAUAAAUAUUUGAACAUUAGCUACAGGUCAUACAGUAAAACUGUAGCAGAAUGUCCAAUUGGCGUAAAUACUUUAGCGAUGGUGAAUUGAGUUUUCCAUUUCCAAAAGAUAAAAUGAGCAAUUUCUUCUUUCAAGCAGUGUCGCUCUCCCAGCUGAGAAAGGUUGAUUAAGCUUCACAGUUGUGGGUUACCAAGAAUUUCAAUGAAGACUAUUUUCUGACAACGAUAAAAUACACCUAUCAGAAAACAAUACUGGAGCGUUGAUAAGAUUGAGAUUAAAGCAGUAAAGUCUGUGUGUGUGUGUGAUUAAUGGAGACAGACCGUCGCCGCUGUCCCUGCCUGUGCACCGUGCACACACACACACAGCAGAUCGGCAGAUAGGGACGCAUAUCCUACUGCAAGGAGCCCAGGUGACAUUUUUAAAGCCUGAAUCAAUCAAUGUGGAGGAGUCUUGGAAGUUUAUAAUGUCUGAGUAUCCGUGAGAUCACUAUUAAACGUAGAGGCCUGAAUUGAUAGCAGCUAACUUGUUGCAUAAUCCGUGUUACAAUCCUGCAUUGCUGAGUGCACGUAGCUCCUGAACCUUAGCAUUAAUGUUGCGUAAACUCUUUUAUUCUUUUUGCGUAACAAUUUGUAGAGAUCAUUACAUCUCAAAUCCACCGCAUAUUUUUUUGUUUCAGUAAAGCAGGACACCCCUCUCCUGCUCUAAAUGGUACAGUCCAAUAAGAUAAAUCAACCACAGGUGCUCCACUAGUUGUAGGACAGUAGGUGUCCCGCCCCUGUAAACCGCUUUGUCUGUGACGACGACACGUCUGCCAUAUCUGAUUGAAUAUGGGGGAGAGGUUGCAAAGUCCCAAAAUGUACAUUUGCUCUUUUUCUGAUUGUAAAGCUGCAUUUAGUAAGUCCUGGAAGUUGGAAGCACAUCUUUGCAAACACACAGGAUUGAAGCCGUUCUCCUGCGAGAACUGCGACCAGAGCUUUUGCACUCGCUAUCAACUCACCAAACAUGAGCUCCAUCACAGUGGGGAGAAAACGCACAAGUGUCCGGCUGACGGAUGCUCCAGGGUCUUUGUCACAAAGGGCAGCAUGAAGAACCACGUGGCUCGAGCUCACCAGCAACAGGAGAAACAAUAUCCGUGUGACCAUCAGGGCUGUGGAAAAGGUUUCAACAAGCGGAACCAACUCAAAGCCCACAAGUGUGAGCACUUGCAGAUUCUUCCAUUUCCUUGUACCAUCAGCGGCUGCACAAAGGCACUUCCCACCCAUGGAAAACUAAAGCGUCAUGAGAAAGUACAUAGAGGUUACCAGUGUGAGCAGGAAGCCUGUCCUUUCCAGGGAAAUACUUGGACAGAAUAUCUGCAGCACAGGAAAGAACACAAAGUCAAGGUGCAGUGUGGCGAGUGUAAGAAGCUGUUUAACAACGCAUGGUUCCUGCACCAGCAUGGGCUGCGUGUCCACGCUGGGGAGAAGCCGCAGCAGCAGCUGCUGUGCCCAAAGGAGGGUUGUGGGAAAAGGUUCACGCGUCCCUUCAACUUGGAGAGUCACGUACUGGGAGACCAUGAGGGCAAGAAGCCCUUUAGCUGUGUGUAUGCCGGCUGCGGCAAGAGCUUCGCCAUGAAGGAGAGCCUGUGGCGACAUGGAGUGGUGCAUGACGUGACAAAGAAAAAACUCAAGAAAGUUCCUAAAAAGAAGACCUGGGUUAAGGCCGUGCAGGUCAGACAGGCCAACCAAGCAGAGGCCAACAAGCUUGCUGAGAAGCUGCACAAUGCAACUUUAAAGGGUGACUAAUCUCGAGGCCCGCAUUGUAUGAAUAACUGCUUGAAUGAGUUAACUAAUGGUGAUACAAAUCCCAUAUUUUCAGUUUAAUAUACUUUGGUUUCGGCAAAUAAAGCCUUGUUAAUGAAGCACUA